UAAAAAUCAGUCUUCGAAUGGUGCUCACCGGGUUCUGUACAGCUCAGAAAAAGUCGUUCUUGAAAGUGCAAAAGCGUUUUUAUGGUGCUUUUUGGUGCGUGCAGAUUUUAUGUGCAUACAUAUUGUAGUAGAAACAAAAACAAAUCGAGUGUACCGUUAGAUACAUAAAUACACACACACAUAUACAUACAUACAUGAAUGAGCAUAUGCAUAUCUUUGAAUAAAUAUCAAAGUGCUAAAAAUAAAGAAGAAUCUUAUUGAUAAAGUGCUAAAAGAAAGUUCUCUCGGCAAGUAGACACACAGCGCUUUAACAAAAGCAAGUUUAGCAAGAAGUUGAAUUAUUUAUUAAACAGAUUUUUCCCAUCAAUUUCAUGCCGUUGUAUAAGAUUUGUAAUAUUUGAUUUACUGCAAGCAUUACUAAACUAGGUAAAGCAAAGUAAAAGUGUGUAAAAGCAUUUAGAAAAGAAAGAAAUUAUUUGCAAUAAAGUGGCAUUAAUUUAGUUUUAAUAGCUCACUCACUGAAAUUUUUCAAAAGUUGCGACUUCCUGUAAACCACUUCGCACUACAAUUGGCUGAGUUUUUGCUAAAAGUACGCCAACAACCACCGCAGCCACUUCGACUGGCAACAACAAGAACGGCGACAGCGACAGCAGCAGCAGCAACACGCAACACCUUACCUUCUGUAAUUACAACAGAGCAAGUGGCAGUUGCAUCGACAAAGAAAUAAUAAAACCAAAUCAACGCCGCAAAUACUUUUGCAGCAAGCGACAUUUCAGGCAAAUAUCGCCAGUUAAUUGAGGGCUGAAGAAAAAAAAUAAAGGCUUUACGAUAGCCAACUAUCAAUCAACCGCCCACACUAAUUAAUUUGACAUAUAAGUCUGAACAGAAUUGAAGUCCAAGCAGUCAAGUCCAACAGCUGCCACGGAAACGGCAUAGCAUAUCAGGCUUUACUCUCAAAAAUAGUAGGAGGCAACAACUAAACGUACAACACACAUACACACACAUACCCACACAAAAUGCAGUGCGGCCUAGAGCAAAUGAACGACUGUGAACGCUCGCCGAACCGGACCAAUCUCCGCGUCAACUUCAACGAGAAGGGUGCUGAGGUGAAGGAGCGACGCGAAAAGUUCCUCACCGCCAAAUAUGGUUCACAUCAGAUGAGCCUGAUACGUAAACGCUUGGCGGUUGAGAUGUGGCUGUAUGAUGAACUGCAGAAACUCUUUGAUCCACCGAGUGAGGCUAUCGAUGUGGAUAUAGAUGAAAUAUUGGAUAUGGACACCGACGACAUAAGGAGAUCCCAUUUGAUUCGGCUCCUUUCGGUCUGCAAACGCCCACAGUCGGACAUAUCGAAAUUCAUAAGUGAUUUACUUGAUCGUGCAAAGACGCUGUAAAUUAGCUGCGCUGGCGCGUUUGUUACUUUAGUUUUUUAUGUGUAAUUCCACGCAAAAAACGAAUAUAUAAAUUAUAAAUUUAGUUAAAACAAAAAAAAAACUAAAACAUAAUUCAGUUGAUAUUAGCGUUUAGCUCUCUACAAGUAUAUAAUAUUUUUUAAAUUUAUUGAUCUUAUUUGAUUUUAUUUUCUUUAUCAGAAAAUCAAUUUAGUUAAUUUACUUUAAUUGUAUUUAACCUUAUUUAUUACUAAGCACAAACGAUAAUUUAAAUGAAAAAACUUUUGUAUCAAGUCGCAUAAUAUAAAUAACACAUUAGAUUUUAAUCGGUUACAUAGUAAACACGAAACAAAGUGAAAAUAAAAACAAAAGUGUAGUAUAACCAAAAAAUAUUCAUACAAGCUAAGUCUAAUACUAGAUUACAGAAAUUAUAGUCGCAUUAAAAUUAAGGCAAAAUAAAAGCAAGACAACACAGAACAAGAAGAAAUCUCAAACCAAAAGAAAUUCGCGAAAAAUAAAAUUAAAAUAAAGAAUCAAAUAAAUAACUUUAAUUUGUAUGUGAGGCAAAGCUGACGUUGAUUAUUGUAUAUCACUGUAUUUAUACAGUAUGGUGGUAAAAAUAGGCUCUGAAGUAAAACAAAAAAAAAAAAAAAAAAUCUUAAUUGUAUUCAUCAAAAAAGUCAUCUCACAAACUUCAUACAUAUUUACAUUUAAUGCUUAAAAUACACUUGUAUGUACGCAAUUUAUUUGCAAGAUUAAAAUAACAGACUAGAUUACAAGCACUCAGCUUUGAGAAAUAACAAAGUAACUUACAUUUUUGGUUUCUUUUUUAAGCGUGAAAAUUUUUAAGUCAAACCCUAACACUUUAAUGACAAAGAAAGAGGCAUUAAAGCGCAGUAAAAAUAGCGUUAUUUUCCCCGAUGAGCAUACUACCAAUUUUCCAAAAGUGUGCUUUUAAUCAAAAAAAAAAAAAUAAAUCAUAAUCUUUGGAGACAAAUUGUCCAGCUUUGAUGAAAUCAUUUCGUAGAAUUAUCAGACAAUUACUUUGGAAAACGCUUCUAUGUUAUUGCUAAGCAAGUUUGUGUAAUCUAUUAUAUGUAGUAUAUUGAUUUGAAUUACAAAAUAAUUAGUCAUUGUAAAUCAUUUGAAUGUCUGUAUGGGUGAACGCGAUUUUGUAAAUUAGAGUUGAUCACCGAAUUAAAAGAGAAAGCUCAGGUUCACUGCCAAAUGAAGUAUUUAUGUAUGUGUGUAUAACACGAUGCAUGUAUGUAUGUAUAAAGUGUAUACAAGUACAUAUAAAAAUGAUUAUGUACGCGUGUGAAGUAAACAACUUUAACUUUAAAUUGAAGCCAAAACUUAUACUUGCUACGAGUACAGCUGUUUUUUGUUUUUUUUAAAUAAAAACAUAGGUUCGAGGUCUAAAAUAAUUUAUGGUGCUACCAAGCAUCUAAAGCGCUAUUCAGAGUUUUGUGAAAUUAAUUUCCUUUUUUUGUUCUAAGUUUCCUUUCGACAUUUUACCAAAUUUUUAUAGACUCGAGUUAGACGCUUUAUUUAUGCAUUUAAAUUUAAGAUGCUAAUGCUAACGUUCUUUUCGAUGGAGCUGAUACGAACUUAUUUCCGCAAGAACUGACAUUUGAUGGCGGGCGGAACGAUGCAUUUCCGGAGUGUUGCCAUAUGUGAGUUUUUCGCAGAGGAUGUUUAAAAUUAAAACAGAGGUUUGAAAUUAGAUUGCACCUUCCAGGCGGCGAUGACGUUUCUCAAGUAAAAAUAAACAAAGCCGAUUUCGAUUAAAAUGUAACAUUUUUACUAUUUUACUCAAAAGCUGUACAAUUUUUGCGUACAUAUCAUUUUAUUUGCUUGAAACUAACAAUAAAUUUUCAGUUUAUUUUUUAUAAAAGUAAAUAUACAUAUAGGUAUAAAAAUAAAAAAAAAAACUACUUCAAGUUGAUAUCGGUUGGUGAUACGGAAAAAAACAGAAAUAUUAUCAUUUCGAAAUUCGCCAUUAAUAUUGAGAAUGGAACUAAAAUCCAAAGACAGAAAUUUGCAACACCACCGUUACAACGCAAAAUAAAUAAUUACAUUACAUUUAUGAAAUCAAUUUUUACUAAAGAUGUCGGAGCUUUACUAAUUAAGAGAUCCAAAAUUUUUGAUUCGUGGGAAAACGCAAUCAAUCAAACUUCGUCACACAAAAUGAAAAUUUUUGAAUUAUAUACAUAUUGUACGUUUUAAAGAUUUAGUUUAAAGUAGUCAUGAAAUAAAAUAAAACUACAAAUUAUUGAUUAGAUUAAAAUGGUACCAUUUUAUGGAACCCUGUACCAAAGUACCAUCGAUGAAAAAAUAUACGCCUUCUUGUACCAAAGUAUCAAGUCUGGCAACCGUGUUUCCGAGGUGGCGUUUAAUUUUACUUGAGUAGCGGUGCCACUGACGGCGCCACCUUUGUUCUCUACAUCUUGGGUUUGACUUGUGUGCUAUAAAGGGUGUUUCAAAAAGCAUUAUUUCGUAGUUUGAAAGAUAAAAUAUUUGCUUAAUAAACGAAACAAAAAAUUUUAAAAUUUUUAUAAAAAUAUUUUAGAGUUUUCUAACUUUCCAUUUUUGGGCUCACAGAAUUUUUGGAAAAUCUAACAUGUUUAGUAAUCUUCGGAUAGAGUUCUGAAAAAUGUUUUACAAUUUUUAAUUAAUAGCACCUGUACUCAAGAUUGAAUAAAUUAACAUUCAAAAAAUCGGCACUUGACCGAAGCUGGCUUGUCAGGAUACGUUAAGUAUGAAUGUGAAAAUGAGGAUAUAAUCCAAACCAAUCGUAUAACCGCAUACAUAUAAAAUUUGAUCAUAUGGAGCCCUAACCACAAAAAAUUGUCCUAGUAACCAUUUGCAUAAAAAAAGAGAUUUUUUUUAGCGGUUAGGACUCUAUAUUGAAAUACAAAAUUAUAUUGAUUUAUAUAAGCUUCACUUCACACACACAUAAACGCAUAUAGCAAUACAUAUAUACACACAUAUUUGUAUGAAUUCUUAAAACACAUAAAACCCAAUAGGGGUAUUCUCGAAGUCUUACAAUGCCCUUGCACGGUGCACGGAUUGCACGGUAAAAACCGGUUUCCUAUGGGACAGCUUUGCAAGGCCUUUGCAAGAUUCCGCGAAUACCUAUCUAAUAAGUUAAAUAGUAAUGUCAUAAUGAAAAUUAUACUUUCAAAAAAAAAUAAAAUAAAAAAAUGUUUACAUUGUACAGCUACAUACUGUGUAUUGUAAAGCGUAAGUGUAAAAUUAUAAAGCGAUAAAAAAUCUAGUGAAACAACUAGUAAGUUAUCUCAAUGACACUUUUAUCAUGAUAAGAUAUGCGAUGUCAGUUUAUGUAUAUAGUAUAUAUAAUGCGACAAUGUGUACUAAAAAGCUACGAUGGAAUAAUUUUUGCCAUUUGCUUAUAAAUUAUUUAUAUGCUAAACAAUGAAAAUCUAUUUCUUUUGAUAUGUAAACAAAAAAUGAUUAAAAACUAUAUUACACAUAGCAACGAAAUCGCAUUGCCGUUUUUUUUUUCUUCAAAACGAUUGGGGAAUUCUCUUAAAGACGUAAGACUGGAAAACUCCGAACUCAAUUAUUUAUUUCGUGGAAAAUUUUCGCCAACGGUUGUAAGACUUUUAAGGUUUUCGCGGUUUUAUUCCGUUUAAGGGAAUACCCCUAAUUAAAUAUUUUGCUCAAAUUAAGGCUUUCGGCUACUCAAAAAACUUUGCCACAUCAAAUCAAAUACAUAUAUGUAUAUUACAAGCUGCACUAAGCAAACUAUUUCUAAUAAUAAGCCACUUUGGUUUUAAAACUAAAUAUAAAAGUACAUAAAUCUCAAACACACAUAUUUAGCUAUUGAAAGCUUGUCAGCCACCACUAUUCAAAGUAACUUUAAUGUAAUCCAAGCCAAAUGAAUCAAUUAAAAUAUGAACGAAAAACAAAAAACUUCAAGAUCAAAGUACAUAUCGUUGCCUAAACGUGAAAAGGUGCAAAGCUCAUUUUUUUUUUUUUGAAAUUUCUCGAGACAGACGAAAAAUCGCUGUAGUUUCGGCCUUUUCCGUCGCUCUGCAUCAAAGACUAAAUUUUGGAAAAAAAGUGGACUGGGCACCUUUUCACCUUUAGGUAGCGAUAUGUAAACUCUCCUAAUUUUACUAAGUACUUAUAAGUCGAAAAUACGAAGAUACUCAUCUAGCAGUUACUUUAAAGAAAAAAAUGAAAUGUGUUUUGUUUUCCCUUCCGAACCCUUCAACUUUCGAUUGGAGUGAUUUCUUGCCCCAAAAAGCAAUUAAAGUAUUCGAAAAACACUACAACAUACACACUUAAAAAAGCACGCAUUAGUUUGUAAAAAAA